AUGUAUAAAGUAUCUUGCCCUAAGCAAGUAACAGUGCGGCCGCAGCUGCAGCAGCAGCUGUCAGCUCAUCGUGCUGCAGCAGAUGCGCAGCUCGAAGCAGUUGCUGCUGCACUGCAGCAGCAGCAGCAGCAGCAACCGGAGGAGCUGCAGCAGGAGAAAAGAAAACAAAUAGCGAUAGCUUAUGCUGAGCGUAUAAAGCAGCAGCAGCAAGACCUGCUGCAGCAGCAGCAGCAGCAGCAGGAACAAAUCCUUAAACAAGUUCAUCAACACCAACAGCUCCUGCUGCAGCAGCAGCAGCAGCAGGAGCAGCAGCAGCUAGCAGCAGCAGCACAACAACCAGGUGCUGCUGUCGUAGUAUCAGCACCAGAGGAGACAGAAGAAGAAGAGGAAGAAGAGCAGCAGCAGCAGCAGCAGCAGCAGCAGCAGCAGCAGCAAGAAGCAGCCGACGCUAUAGACAUCUAA